AUGCAUGCAUUCUAUUUUUUAUUUUCCCAUGAUUCAAGCAUGUAUUUGAUUUUUGAUUUUGUGAGCUGAGCAAUGAACCAGCUCAAAUAACAUUAGCCUUUACUUCUUGUUGCAAAUUUUAUACUGUAGUUGAGGAGACACUUAAGCAUAUGCCUAGAUAGAUCAUAUUCUUUGCCUUUAUCAUCUACCUGUAAUCUCCUCUCUAGAAUGAUCUGAUAUGCUUGUUUGUGUUAGAUUAUAGUUAUUAACCUAUUUAUGGAUAUUUCUUUGGAAUUUUCUUACUAGUUCUCUAGGGAACAAUGAUGCUUGCUUGAAUUUCUUACUCUCUCGAACAUGUAUUCUGACUGUGGCAGUUCUUUUAGCAUGAGAUGAUUUUGUUGUGCCAAAACAUGUUUGUCCAAUUCUUGGCUAUGGUGGGUAAAUAAUUUUUGGAUGCUCUUAUUGCCUGUUUUUCCCAAUCAAAGAUUAAUCUUUUGGUAGUUAACCUUCCCUCUAAAAAAAAAAAAUCUUUUGGUUUUAAUGUUUAUAAUUUACUAAACAUUUUAUUUAUUUCUUUUACUGGUUUUGGUAGAUUAUAGGCUCAUUACUGACAGAGGAGACAAGAAUUUGGAAGUGGAGCCAUUCAUAGCAUUUUUAUUUUUGGAAAAUAUGUUGUUUUAUUAAUUUAUGGUAAAAUAAUUUCAGUUUAUCAUCAUUAUUCUGUUUUCUUGUUCUUCAAAAAGAAAAUCACUCUUCAUUUUUUCUUGAUUUCUUCUGUUUUUUCUUUCCACUAUAUGGCUUUGGAGCUUCUAAGCCUUUCAUUAUGUGGAGAUUUAAAGUGUUUAUACCACAAAAUCCCUUUUCAUAAAGUUUAUUAGAAUAUUUUGUUAACUCAUAACUGGGAUACCUAUUUUCCGUACCACGAAAUGCAUAGUUGAAAACAUUAGAAAUCUCGCUCCACUUUCUAUGUGUGUGUCAGUGUGUCUAUGUCUAAUCAUGGACAGGCAGCCUAAAGUUCCUCGUCUGUGCCUCAUGGGAGUUGGGUCAGGUGCCUCUGUUUGAAACUUAUACCCUGUAAGUCUUACAACUCUAGAGGUUCUUCUAAAUGGUAAAAGGGGAAAUAAUCAAGAAUUUUGACAUAGGUUAUGAAGACCCUGGUUUCAUUUUCAUGAAUAUUUUGAUGGCAUAUCACGGAUAUUAUUGCUUCUUUCCAUGCGAUUUUUUUUUCUCAUUUCAUUUUCUGGUUCCAUUUAUUUUGCUAAAGGCUUUCUGAACCUCUGAUGGUUUGUUAGCUCGUUGCUUUUCAAUGGAUCUGUGAUUGGUUUUUUGGGCUUAGUUCUGUGGAGGAGGUUAGUUUUAAGAAGAUGAUAUUCUCUGUCUCUAGGUCACUAAAUUGUUGAUGUUAUAUAUUUCACAACUGGACUAUUCAUUUAAAAAUCUGAACUCCACAUCUCUCACCUUUGGGACAAUGGUAAUAAAUGUGGCGUUAACUAUAAUGCCAUACUUGUGUUGCUUUGGAAAUUCUCAAUGGUGACAUAAGGUUGAGUUUGAUUAUUUUCGAAGAUUGUUUUUUUUGGGUAGAUUCAUUUCCAAGAUCGUUGAGAACAAUUCAUUACCAUCUCAAGCUGGUCUCACUUCGUGCAUGAAUUUGAUUUCCUUACAAGACACACACGCAAGUGUUUAUAUUUUCCUCGUUUAAAGCCAGAAGAUGUCCUCUGUAGUUAGAUCAAAAGAACAUGGCUCAGAGGUGCAUAAGUCUGAGGAGCUUCCUUCAGAGAAUUCUGAACCUGCUCCUGUGGAGACUCCCCAACAGCUGUCCACUGGUAUUCCUCCACAAGCUGAUAUCCCUCCUGUUCAAGAGCAACCUAAACUGGAUCUUCAGCCUAUUUCUCGUAAAGUUGAAGUUCCUAAUGGCAAGGUUGGAGUUCUCAUUGGAAAGGCUGGGGAUACUAUCAGAUAUCUCCAAUAUAAUUCUGGGGCGAAAAUUCAAAUCGCAAGAGAUGCUGAUGCUGAUCCGCAUGCUUCAACUAGGCCAGUGGAACUGAUAGGGACUCUAGAGAAUAUUAAUAAGGCCGAGCAGCUGAUAAAGGAUGUCAUUGCGGAGGCUGAUGCUGGGGGUUCCCCAGCUCUUGUUGCUGGGGGUUUCGGUACCGCACAAUCUGGUGGAGAGCAAGUUCGGAUACAGGUUCCAAAUGACAAGGAGAAUUCUAUUUCCGACCAUUAUAGUAGGAUUGAUCAUUGGUAAAGGAGGUGAAACCAUUAAGAAUCCGCAAACGAGAUCUGGAGCUCGCAUACAGUUGAUCCCACAGCAUCUUCCAGAGGGUGAUGUAUCCAAAGAAAGAACUGUACACGUGACAGGAAAUAAGAAACAGAUUGAGACUGCACAAGAAAUGAUCAAGGAAGUAAUGAAUCAGGUUUGUGAAGGAGCAUGGCCUAUUUAUCUUUUGUCUGAUGUAGUCAUCAUUCAGACUCUCUUGGUCCCAUAUUCAAGGUUAAUUUGGACUGUCUGAUAACUAUGGGCUAGUUUUUUACUUGUUUGCCAAUGUUAUGUAUUAGUGAGAAUUAUCUUGAGAACUCCAAAAACCGCUGAUUUGAGUAGCGGCGCUCUUGUUUAAUGAAUACUAAUGUUUUUGUUGAAG